CGGAGCCCCAAAUUUAUUUUAAGAAACCGCCACCGUGUUAUGGGCAUGCGCAACUGCCUCAACGGCAAUAAUAUGUCAGGACAACGCAAUAUCCCCCCUGAAGUCGGGGGGCAGCCCCAGCAGGAACCUCUGGAGGCCCCAGGGGCAGUUGCCCCCGGUGCUGGGCCUAGCCCAGCCGAAGAGAUGGAGACCCAACCGAUCAAUGAGUCCAUCCCCAUCGAGGGCAGCAAGGAGGCCUGUGGACCCCCAGAAGUCGCCAGGCCCAACUUACAAGGCCUCAGCCCAGUCAUCGAGGCAGCCCGAGCCCAUGGAGGCUACAGCCCACCUCCUGAGGAGGCCAUGCCAUUCGAGGUCGAGCAGCCCAGCUUGGGAGGCCUCUGGCCUGCCCUGGAACAGCCUAGACCCACUGGGGCUCAGGCAGGCCGAGAGGCCUGCAGCCCUGCGCUCUUGGAGUCCGCCUUCGGUGGUACCAGGCCAGGCCUGGGAGGCUACAGCCCUCCCCCAGAAGAAGCCAUGCCAUUUGAGUUUGACCGAUCUGCACAGGAAGGCGGAGGCCGACCUCUCUUGCCGGCCCCAGACCAAGCUCCAGGCGGCCCAGGGCCAGGAGUCCCCAGAGCUCUCACUGCAGAGCCUGGCACACUCAAGUCUGCAAACACUGGCUUCGGAGGAGGCUAUAGCCCUCCCCCUGAGGAGGCUAUGCCAUUUUGGCUUGAUGGAGAAGCAUCUGGGGACGACAGUCCACCGCCUGGACUCCCCCGAGUUCUCCCACAAGUCGGCUGUGUCCGCCAGUUCCCGGCAGUCGCGGUCGCGAGUGAGAUCUGCCUCGCUCCCGCCUCAAGCGCGCCUCCCCUCUGGGUCUCCGGCGCCCUCGGCAGCGCGCACGGAGAGGCUGUCAGAUCUCCUCCCAACUUCGCGCGCGACAGCCCCCCGAUGGAGAUCUCCGGACCCCCGCUCGAGAUUGGUAGCGCCCCCCUCGGGGUCGACGACGCUCCCGUCAACAUGGACAGCCCCCCAAUCGCAAGUGACGGCCCGCCCAUCGAAGUCUCCGGAGCCGCAGAUAAGAGCGAGCGAGCAGAGAGACCCCCAGUCGAGGGAGAGGCAGCCGAGAUGGAAGGACGCUCAGCUGCCGCCGCUGCGGAGAACGUCCCCUCUCCCGGGGACGGAUCUCCUGCCGCCCCAGCCGCCCCAGAUGCCGGGACAGCUGCCGCCAUGCCCGAUGUCUGCGGAGCUCCUGCCGCCCCAGCCGUUCCCGGAGCCGGGGCAGCCCCAGACAAGCCCGAAGCAGGCGGGACCGCCGCCGCCGCAGCAGCCGUCCCGGCCGUUGCCGAGGCAGGAGGAAGCCGGAGCGCCCCAGCGGAGCCUGACGCCGCCCGCCCGAUCCCCGUCUCCGCCAGGCCAGUCCCCAUCACCGCCCGGGCGGUCCCUGCCAACCCGGGGAAGCUUAUCGCCACUAGGGCGCUCUCUGUCGGCCCUUCCGCCAGGGCCACCCCUGCUGCCCCGGGAAACCCUGGUCCCCGGGGACCUGCAGUCGCCCCAGCCGAUCCGGCUAUCCGUCCACUCCCGUGCGCACCAGCGAAGCCCGCCCUUCGCUCGGCGGCUCCCCGGUCGGCCUCGGCUGCCCCUGCCUCCUCCUCCGGGGCCCGACGCACCGGCCAGCACCUUAGACCCCCCAGCCCCGAGAUCCAGGUCGCUGACCCGCCUACUCCGCGGCCUCCUCGGGCUUCCGCUUGGCCCAAGGCCGACAGCGGCAGCGGCAGCGGCCGAGGCCGCCUCCGCUACGAAGACGAGCCGACCACCAUUGAGUACGACUCCUCCAGCGACGAGUCCGAGGAGGCGCCCACUGGCUGCUUCCAGUGGAUCCGCGGCCGCCGAAACCGUCACCAGCUGCCGCCGCGCAAGCCCCGGGGCGGAAGGGGCAACUUAUUCCGCAAGUUCAUCCUGCAAAUCUUCGGAGUCUGCUUCUGCCGCUCUGACGGUUCCGAGCCCAAAGCCCCGAACCUCGGCAGGGCCAGGAGUGCACCCCCGGCCACCGACCGGCGCAGCCAGAUGCGCCAGGAAGCCAUCGAGAUGCGCGCCCAGAAGCGGGCCGACAAGAAACGCAGCAAGCUCAUCGACAAACAACUCGAGGAUGAGAAGAUGGGCUACAUGUGUACGCACCGCCUGCUGCUUCUAGGGAGAAAAGUGGUGCCGAGCGACACUGAGGGUCGUUUCCGGCCGGAGGCCAGCGCCAGCGUCAGCGGCGGUAGGCUGGACAGGCAGGGGCUUGAGGUGAGCCAGGACCUGCCGGGAGGGACCCCCCGGGGCUCCCCUGGCUCGAUCUGUUGGUGGGCUAGGGCCAUUGGGGAUGGCGCGCCCCCGCCUCGCCUGGCACGGCUGCUUGGAUUCAGACAGCUUGUCGUUGGUGUGUGUCGGUGUCCAUAUUAUGUGUCCGCCUGUGCAUGA